UUCUGCUUUCUCUUCCCUUGUGGUCUCUAGAACAUUUCUGAAACCUGGGACCCGGGUUCUCAUGUGUCAUUGCUAAUGGUGGGUGCUUCUCACCUUUGGUUCCAGGAAGGAGCUGAGGUGUACAGCCCCCAUGGCCAGCAUGAGGUCAUGGGGCAGACAGCCGCUGCUGCUGCUGGGGCUGCUGGUCACAGUCGCCUCUGUCCACCUGGUCACCUGUCCAUAUACCAAGGUGGAAGAGAGCUUUAACCUGCAGGCCACACACGACCUGCUCUACCACCGGCUGGAUGUGGACAAGUAUGACCACCACGAGUUCCCUGGAGUUGUCCCCAGGACGUUCCUUGGGCCCCUGGUGAUUGCCGCCCUCUCCAGUCCUGUGGUCUAUAUGCUUUCGCUGUUGGAGCUGUCCAAGUUCUUUUCUCAGCUGAUAGUGAGAGGCGUCCUUGGGCUUGGCGUGAUCCUUGGACUGUGGACGUUACAGAAGGAAGUGAGGAGACAGUUUGGGGCCACGACAGCGGCCAUGUUCUGCUCGGUGACGGCCACGCAGUUCCACCUGAUGUUUUACUGCACGCGGACGCUGCCCAAUGUGCUGGCCCUGGCCGUGGUGCUGCCGGCCCUCUCGGCCUGGCUGCGCCACAGGUGGGCCCGCUUCGUCUGGCUCUCAGCCUUCGCCAUCAUCGUCUUCAGGUCCGAGCUCUGCCUGCUGCUGGGCCUCAUGCUGCUGCUGGCUCUGUACGCCCGGAGGAUGUCCGUCGCCACCCUCCUGCAGCACGCUGUGCCCGCGGGGCUCCUCUGUCUAGGACUGACGGUGGCCGUGGACUCCUAUUUCUGGCAACGCCUUGUGUGGCCGGAGGGCGAGGUGUUCUGGUACAACACCAUCCUGAACAAAAGUUCCAACUGGGGCACCUCCCCGCUCUUGUGGUACUUCUACUCGGCCCUGCCCCGCGGCCUGGGCUGCAGUCUGGUCUUCGUCCCCCUGGGCGCGGUGGACCGGAGGACUCACGCGCUGACCCUCCCUUCGCUGGGCUUUGUAGCUCUGUAUUCUCUGCUUCCGCACAAGGAACUGCGCUUCAUCAUCUACACCUUCCCUGCCUUCAACGUGGUGGCUGCCAGAGGCUGCGCCUGCUUGCUGAAUAACUACAGAAAGUCCUGGCUGUACAGGGUGGGGGCCGUGCUGGUGCUGGGCCACCUCGUGGCGAACGCUGCCUACGCGGCCACAUCCCUCUACGUGUCCCACUUCAACUACCCCGGCGGCGCUGCCAUGCGGCGGCUGCACGAGCUGGUGCCUCCCCAGACAGAUGUCCUCCUGCACAUUGACGUGGCGGCUGCGCAGACUGGUGUGUCACGGUUUCUCCAAGUCAAUAGUGCCUGGAGGUAUGACAAGUCGGAAGAUGUGCAGCCGGGAGCGGCCCGCAUGCUGGCCUACACCCACAUCCUCAUGGAAGCAGCCCCUGGACACCUCACUCUCUACAGGGACACACACCAGGUCCUAGCCAGCAUCGAAGGCACCACUGGUGUAAGUCUGAACCUCACUAAACUGCCUCCCUUUGACGUAAACCUGCAGACCAAGUUGGUGCUCCUGGAGAGGCUUCCCGGGCGGUCCUGACGGGGAGAGCAGCCCACAAUACCCCGAUCUCCGGGGCUCCAUGCACGUUUGGCUCUCUGGCACAGCUGAGACAGCAAUGUGCUCCUGAUCAGCACCCAUGGGGCAGACGUGGUCCUGCCACAGCCACCCUUGCACGUAACUGAGAGCAGAGGGACUGGGGCCUGUGUGCACCCCAGGAACCAUCGGGCAGGGGUGAUCCUGGCCCGCAUCUGGUCAGGAUAAUUUGGGGGCAGACUCAUCAUCAUUCAUAACCAAGACAGGAGAGUGGAUCAGGAUGGGCCUCUGGACACCCUGGCUGCUGGUUGCACUUGCCCUAGGCUGCCUGCCCGGGAGUAGUGUUUCCUGCUGUAGCUGGGGAGACCACGGCCCAGGGUCACAGGCACUCCACCUCCGUGCGUCCAGGCUAGGGAAGGAAUAAAACGUUAAAUGUUUCUUU